UACUUCGUCCGGACAACAACCUUCCCUAGGGUUGCCACAUAACCCCGUGCCCUUGCUGCGUUGAACAUUAUCUCAAUUGGGGGUGUGCGUAUCUGGUCUCCUUUCGACACAAGUCAGAAUGCAGAGCAGACAACUGCGCACCUUGGCUCGGAGAGUCUCAUGUGCUGGUGCUGUGAUACCCAGAGCACAUGUGCUGCCGCGGUUGACACCACUGCAACGGCCUCAAAUCCACUGCUGGCGUAGCUACUCAUCGGCAUCAUCGGCUAUCUCCAGAAACAACGAGCCAAAGACUGUCGAGGUCAACGGCAAAGAGUAUACGACCGACGACGCCUGGUUCAACGUCCCCCCCAACGUCCUCGCUGCCACGUCGCGCAAGUUGCACCUACAAAAAGACCACCCCGUUUACAUCACCCGAAAGAUUAUCGAGUCCCAAUUCCCACAACCCACCUACCGCUAUCACAACAACUUCGAUCCUGUCGUCUCCACACAGCAGAACUUCGAUUCCCUAGGCUUUCCUCCCGACCAUCCAGGCCGAGCCCGCUCUGAUACUUAUUACUUCAAUAAGGACACCCUCCUCAGGACACACACCAGCGCACAUCAGGCACAGACCUUCAAGGCCAACCUCAGCGAGGGCUAUCUGGUCAGCGCCGACGUGUACAGGCGAGAUGCCAUUGACCGGAGUCACUAUCCCGUGUUCCACCAGAUGGAAGGGGCGCGCAUGUGGGAUCGGUCAAAGUACGCCGACGGCGCCGUUGCCAACGCGAUAUGGGCAGACGUGAACAAGCUGCCCAAGCACGACGUUGUAGUGGAAGACCCGAACCCGCCGUACCACCCCGAACGGAACCCACUGCAGGAGGCGCACACCCCUGCCGAGGCCGAGGCCAUCGGUGCCCAUCUCAAGCGCUCGCUGGAGCUCAUGGUCGUUGAGAUCUUCACCAGGGCCAAGACGGCCGCCGCAAAGGCCGACCCGGACUACAAGGACGAGCCGCUGCGGGUGCGGUGGGUCGAGGCCUACUUCCCCUUUACUAGCCCUUCCUGGGAGCUCGAGGUCUACUACGCGGGCGACUGGCUCGAAGUGCUGGGCUGCGGCGUUGUCAAGCACGAGCUUUUCGCCAACGCGGGGGUACCGAACCAGCUGGGCUGGGCCUUCGGCAUCGGCCUGGACCGCAUCGCCAUGCUCCUCUUCCAGAUUCCCGACAUCCGCCUCUUCUGGUCCCGGGACGAGCGUUUCUCGAGCCAGUUCACGGGCGUCUCGGAUGACCUGUCCUCGCUGCGCCGCUUCGUGUCGUUCUCCAAGUACCCGGCCUGUCCGAAGGACGUGUCCUUCUGGCUGCGCCCCGUGUCGGCCGCCGGCGGUAACCCCAGGACGAACACGCAGGACUUCCACGAGAACGACGUCAUGGAGAUUGUACGCGACGUCGCGGGCGACCGUGCCGAGGAUGUGCGCCUCGUCGAUGACUUUACGCAUCCCAAGACGGGCCGCCGCAGCGUGUGUUACCGGAUCAACUAUCGGAGCCUGGAGCGGACGUUGACGAACGAGGAGACGAAUGACCUCCACAGCGAGGUCACCCGGAGGCUAGUCGACAGGCUUGGGGUUGAGAUUCGGUGAGCUGCGACAUGACAUCUGAUAGGACGUCGCCGCUUGUGACGAGUGGCUGUGACAUCUCCGCUCGAUGAUCCCCAUUGUACAUGUACUUUCCCCCCGAUGUACCAACCAAUGUAUCAACACCGGUGUAUAAAAUACCUCUCACCGACCUGCGAGGCCACUCGGCAAAUUCAGUCAUCCAUGUCAUACAUGUAGAAUAUAUAUCUAUCGGUUAUACAAGUCAAAGCUGGAGGGUACCUUGAAGAAACUCAACCCAUUUCAGGUAGGCGAAAAAACACACCAAAAAAAAAGGAACGGUAACCAGAAGGAGAGCCUACUUGAAGCCUCGGUUAUGCACCGAGGCAUACAGUCUAAACACUCGGG